AUGGAUCAGUAUGAAGACUUCGUGGCUUCAUUAUCUAGGAUCGUGAAUUAUUUUCCUUUCAACGGGAAGGAACAUCAAUUUAGGAUUUUUCCAUGGAGUAUUGGCUAUAACCCUAAGGAAGAGACAUCUAGGGCAGCGGUAUGGAUUUCUUUGCCAAAUCUGCCACCAGAAUUAUUUGCUAGGAGAGCGUUAAUGUCCAUUGCAGCGGCAGUUGGGAAACCAAUUGCCAUUGACAAGGCAAAUCAAGUUCGAUCCAGACCUAGCACGGCUAGGGUUAAAGUUAUCUUAGACCUUUUGGACAUGCAUCCGGAUCAUGUGAGGUUACAAUAUGUUGAUGGAAAAAUUGGUAAGGUCGUAGAGGAGCUCCAGGAGGUCGUCUAUGACAAUUUACCACUUUAUUGCAAUCAUUUUAAGCACCAAGGACAUGAUGAUCAGGAUAUACCUACAGGGAAGAAUGAAAUCAUCGAUAAUACAGACACACAAGGUGAUGUUGAGGGCCAAAAGAACCCUGCAAAGAGCGGUGCAUCGAAUGUUGAAGCUGGGCAGCGAACAACUGUAGAAACAAGUGAUGCUAUAGGUGAUAUUGGAACGGGAGCGUCGCUAGUUGAUUCGGGGCAGAAUCCAACUGUUAUAAGUGAUAUAGAAGAUGCUGAAAUUUUCAGGCACCAUGGUUUGAAAUAUGAAAAUGAUAAUGCAACGGGGAAUUGGACAGUGCUGGAUCAUUUUAAUAGGAGUCCUGGUAAUCCAAAGAUCACGCAACAAAUAAUGAAAAAUACAUACGAUGCAUUAUCGCGCGACGACUCUGGUACAACUGUUCAGGUUGCUCUCCAUCAAUUUCCCGCAGAUGGAACUAGAUGCUUGACCGAUAAGAACCAACAAAAAGAGUCAUUGCAAUAA